AUGAGACGCGGACAUCUUACCUCACUCAAGCCACACUCCACAGAACGGAACAGCACCCCGCAAUUUCCUGCCUUGAAAACACAACUUCCAACCUCUUCAAUCCGGCCCGAAUCCAUCAAUUCAAAUAGGGCGAAGAUCUAUGGAUCUAGAGCCAGAUGCCCAAUGCCCAAACGUAAUUCCAGGGCGUACACCUGCAAAACGGCAAGAAUCCCUCCAGGAUCCACUUUGGCUCCUGUUGCCUAUUUCCAGGCGUCGAAAUGCUACGCGCCACCACCAUCACCAGCGGCACAAAUGCUCACUCCACGACCAUUCAUCUCGCAAGGCUCGCCAUCUAGGCCCAUUCUUCAUAAUGCACCGAGGUUGGGCAUGUGUGCAGAUAGACACAAGGCAGAACUUAGGGCGUUUUGCUAG